GUUCUGUUAAUACAUCCAUGAUUAAUCUCCUACCAGGCACCCCAUUUUUGCGCACAAACCCGUAUAUAAUGUACCCAAAACAAGAAGGUUACCGUUUUCAACCCUUUAGAUUACAGUCAAAACGUUGGUCUCAUUUUAGAGGAAAAUCUUUAAAUUUGACAACCAAGAAGUCAGAAUGAGUUUCAGUGAUCCUGAAAUGUCACCAUCCCUCCCAUGGGGAGGUACAAUGUCGUUUAAAGGAAACCAGACUAAUAUAAACUCCUCAUGAAGUCAUGAUUUUACACACUCCACUACAACGGGUGGCAACAAGCGCCUUCCACGCUGGCAUUAAACAGAAGAAGAAGGGUUGAAACCGGAAGCUGUAGUUUCUCCUUGUCGCCUCUGAGUGGGACUACAUCCAUGGAGUGGGAGGGUUGAAGAUGGUUGCCGCUGUUUCCAACUCAAAUCCGGAUCGAUUGAGAAGUUUCUCGUCUUUAUAUCCAAUGUGUCAAUUUAAAAACAUCCGUAAAUUAGCAUGUCUGUUUACUGUCGCUUGUGUUUUAAUGGGCCAGUCGUUAGCAGACGACCAGGACUUUAUGGAGGAGUUUAUGAAGCGGGAAUAUUCUCUGGCAAAGCCUUAUCGUGGGUUGGGUUUCUCUAGUUCUUCACAGUGGGAUCUGAUGGGCACUGCCAUUGUCACACCUGACCAUGUGAGACUGACCCCAGACCUGCAGAGCAGACAGGGAGCAGUAUGGAGUCGCAUUCCUCUCUACCUGCGAGAUUGGGAGCUCAAGGUGCACUUUAAAAUCCACGGCCAGGGAAAGAAGAAUUUGAAUGGGGACGGUCUCGCCAUCUGGUUAACUAAAGAUCGCAUGCAGAAUGGUCCCGUGUUUGGCAACAUGAACCACUUCGUUGGACUGGGAAUAUUUGUGGACACUUACCCCAACGCUGACAAGAACCAUGAUAGGGCUUUCCCGUAUGUGUCGGUGAUGCUGGGGAACGGAACUCUGUCAUAUGACCACGAUCACGACGGACGACUCACUGAACUCGGAGGCUGCACGGCCAUGGCACGCAACGCGAUCUACGACACGUUUCUCCUGGUCAGAUACUCCAAAAACAGACUGACGCUCAUGGUGAAUGUAGACGGUAAGCAGGAUUGGAAAGACUGCGCUGACAUCACAGGACUGCGGCUGCCUACAGGCUACUUCUUAGGUGCCUCGUCCGCCACCGGAGACCUGUCAGAUAACCAUGACAUCAUCUCCAUGAAGUUGUACCAGCUGAAAGUAGAGAAGAGUCCAGAGGAGGAGCAGGAGCAGGAGGAGGAGGUCCUCAUCCCCAGUGUUGACAACAUGGAACAGUUCCAAGUGGAAGUCCAGGAGGAGGGGAUGAGCGGAGUCCAGUUCUUCUUCACCUUCCUCUUCUCCGUCCUCGGCCUGGGCGUGCUGGCGGUGGUGGGGCUGAUGGUUUACGGCCGCUGGAAGGAAAACAGACGCAAGCGCUUCUAUUGAUAAAAGAACAAUUAAACCACACAGGUUUUUCCAAACCGUAUGUUUCUUAAUUGACAUAGAUCACAACAAUGCAAAGACUACCAUAGCUUUACUGAACCAUACAAUCAAACUGAACGAACAACCUCGUGAAGCCCAGAGCCGAAAGAACACAAACUACCACGAUGAACAGGUGAAGAGAUCAUGAACCGGUGAGCCAGCUGUGAAAUAUUCUCAUUGUAAGUGUUAUGGAAGAUAGAUGAGAUAAAGCUGCUAUAGUGUGUUUAAAAUACACUCAUCUCAACUUGGAUAAAAGCACAGUGGGACUCCAGCAUCCCGUCUGCACUAACUGAGACACUGUAGAUAUCAGCCCACAUCAGAUCCUGCUGUUCCACCAGCAAAAAUACCAACAAAAACUUCAGAAUCAAUUAGAGAAUCCCAGAUGCUGUGUGCAGUGUGCUGACAUGUUAGAGGAUUUUUGUGGUUCUGAAGUGUAAAGUGUAGUUACCUCUUACUGCCACUUGGUGCUGCCAACAGGCAGCUGCAUUGUGACUCGAAGCUGCUGUGAAGACUGAUCAACCUGUGGAUUAUUGCAGACUUCUCGCUGCACCGCAAACAUUUUCUUGAGCUCUCGUACAUUUGACAGCACCUUAAACGCCAGGCGAAGCACUUCCAGCAGCUUAUGUAACAAGUGCACUGAAGUGAACCAGGUAAUCAGUGCUGUUAAAAGUACCCAGCAAGGACCAAUAAAGACAGCUUCUCAUGUUAUGUUCCAGUCCUUUCUGCAGGUUUGAGCUCCUUUUUAUUUUCUGUUUGACAUCACAAACUAUUUGGCUUCACUCACUUUCUGUUACUAACAGUUCUCUGAUAGGAGGGUGAGCUGAUGUUGAUGUGCACCAAGUUUCAGUAGCAGUUUUCAGCUUUUUUUCUAACGGCACUGACUUUCAUCAGACCCUUGUUAGUAGAAACCCUUUCUGUUUCAUUUGUGAUCAGUUUUCAUGUUGCUUAGACUUUAGUUCUAGCAUGCACUGUGAAUUUAAUUCCAAUCAGCAGCAUUAUGUAGUCAAAUGUGAGUUUUAAUAAAUUGAAGAGUGUGUGAGUAUGAAUGCUGUGUACUGUUAAGCUGUCCAACCUGUUAAUACAGCAGGUGCCUUACACCCAGUGUCCCCAUGGAUGUGGCUGUGUUGUCCACACUGACCAUAAAUGCUGUAAAAUACAAAACAAACUACUAAACAUCAUUUUGAAAUGGCAGCUAAAGAACAAACUGCUUUAGAUGCUCCAGUGGACAUGAAGGGUUACACCCAUAGCAGGAAAGCACAGGUAAUGAUAUUAACGACUGUGUGUCAAUGAGUCAACACGCACAAUACCAGGACCCUGAAACUGAAGCAGCUAAAUGCUAUAAAGUCAUCAUUCAUUUUAUGAUUUACAACUGUGCUUUUCAAAAUGUCUUGUGAAAAAGACCUACCUGUCUACGAUGAGGUCCUGUAGUCCCUAAAGGCAAACUCUACACAAACUGGUGGCUUUGUUACUCUGCAAAAGUACUCUUUUGAAGUUAUUUGACAUAGCAUAGCAAUGAAAUGUUAAGGUCAAGAUUAGAAUUGAAAGAAAGUCCUAGUCCCCCAAUAAACAGGAACUCUGUACUCCCACAGAAAGACCUUUAAGUCCACUUUGCUGGAAUUCCUUUUUGCACUUGUGUAUGAAUCGUUGUGCUGAUUCUCUCGGUUGAGUCAUAUGACGAUGCAAACUUCACCUGGAGUCAGAUUCCAGUGAUGCUUUAAGCUAAAAGUUACAUCAGCACUCGUGUCGGUGUGUUUGUGACUACAACCUGAACAAACCUCGUUGUUCAGACCAGAAGCUGACACUGUACAAGCCCAUGUGAGAUCUGAGCUCAUCUGUAGAGAGGCAUCAUGAGUGCACAAUAAGACUCUUCAUGAAAAUCUCCCUAGCUGGUAAUGCACUUGAUAGUAUGUGAAGUUUACAAUGUAAGAUAAUGAAAAAAAAUCAAUAAGAAUUUUUAGCCAAUAUAAAUAUUUGUGUAACUGACAUUAACAUUUUUAUUUCAGUGAUAUUUUUAUAGGAUCAUUGACUAGUAGGAAGGAAUACUUGCAGAUUUCAUUUUGGUUCUUAAAGCAGUUUUAAGCCAUAUCAAUCCAUCGUUCAUUAAAACCACUUUUUGUUCAGAGUUGCUACUUUACCAACAAACCCUGCUUCUUUUUGUUUUGUAUUGUAUUGUCCUUCUAAACAUAGGUUCUUAUUUUAUUCUUAGACUUAUUACUGUAUGUCAAGCUAUUUGUGAUGAUUUAAUUCACCAUGAGCCCUAUAGUUAACUAUUUAAAUGAUGUUGUUGAGCCUUUUCUUCUCUUUAAAUCUUCUAAUCCAAACCCUUGUCUGAAAAAUAUUCUUGUCAUACUCUGUGUUCUGUGUUUUUCAGUAAAAGUUUCUGUGGUGAUCUUGCA